GUCACCCUGGACAGGAGUUGUGAGACAAAUACAAAACAUUUAUCGCUGACGGUUCGAUUCGUGCGAUUUGUGCGAUUAAUGCGAAUAAUGGAGAGCUGAUCCAACUCAAUCCGAAGUACAUUGAUCAAUGAGAGGCUAGGUAGAUUAGUAUCAUAAAUCGAUAGAGGUCAUCAUGGCCAGCGGAUUCGUGAGUGAGAAAGUGUUGGCCGAAAAGCGCGAAGAGCGGCAGAAAGAGUGGGAGAAGGUUCGCAAACCCGAAGAUCCGGAGAUUCGUCCCGAGGAAUCGGAUGCCCAGAGUGUGCAUCGCACCCUCUUUGAUCAACUCGAAAGCAAUAAAAACAAAGCCCAAGAAGAAUGGGACGAGAAGCAUCAGCUCAAGAAUCAAGUUCGCGGCAUCGAUGACGACGAAGCCGAGUUCUUGGAUAGGGUUGAUGAUCUCAGGUCGCAAUUGGAACGCAAAAGAAGAUUAGAGGAAAGAAAAGAGUUGGAAGAAUACAGACAAUCCCAAAUUGCCUUGCAAGAAAAGGCCGAGGAGGAAAAGUUGCGGUUGGAAGUGGUGUCCCGACCAGCCCUCUCAUCAAGUGGGGCCAAUAAUUCAUCCAAAAACUCGAGUCAAAAGAAACUUUUAGGCGCCAUGGUUCGAAAAAGGCCCAAGGAGGGCCCGAUCCAUUCCAUUAGCAUCACCAGCCCACCCGGUGUUGUUGAUGUGGCGGAGAAGAAGGCCAAAGUUGGAGGAGCUCUAGCCGGAUUAGGAGACUACAGUUCCUCCUCCGACGACGAUGAUGAGGAAAACGGAGAAGACAAGACGUGAUAAACAUGUAUUUAAAAGGAAAAACGCCUUGCCCGUUCUGAUAUCACACGCAUUACAAACAUAUUCACGCA